CAGCUGACUGGCGACUUGCAACUUGUUUACGAUUACCUCAGGCGAUAGUUAUAGAAUUUUACCAAAUUAAUAGAUAAUGGAACAGCAAUUGGAAAAAGUGCUUAACGAAUUCGCUUCGCAGCCGGAAACAGUGGGUGUGUUGCUGGCGAAUCGCCAAGGGCUCUGUUUAGGAGCAAAAGGGAGAAUAAAUCCCAACAUGUCUGGAAUUGGUAUGGCUAUCUCAGAACAAGCGUGCAAACUGGAACCAAAUCUGAAUCCGCCAACAAUUUACUUGUAUAGUGGGAACAAGCGUUGUGUCAUAAAAAAAGAUGGGGAAUUGACCGGUGUUAUUUAUAAACAGAAACCUAAUUGAGUACAAUUUCCAUAGCUUUGGUGAUUUGCUCUUUUUAUAUAUACAUAUAUACAUAAAUAAAUAACAUAAGGAAUAAGGCGUGUGUGUGCACGGGACCACAAUCAUAUUUGAAUGAUUCAUUCAUAAGUUGAAACAUACAAAUGUCGCAUUAUUUAUAAAUAUCUACAUACAUACAAUAAACUUGCUUAUAAAACGUCAACCAUCUGUGAAUUACAUGUAAU